CUCAGAAAAGACAUGUUUGUUAUCGAGGAUGCGCUGAGGCACCGUGUAAUUCGUUCGUGGGACGACUGGGAUGCAUUGCCGCUGGGAAGGGGUCUGAUCCGCGAAAUGGUCGAAGAUCAUGUGGGCCCGCUCCUUGAGGAGUCAUUGGGAGCUGCGCCCGGCUUGCAGCCCCCCACAGCCCUGUAAUAAACACCGUGACAAAAAAGCUCAAAAGUAUACGACACUUUUUUUCCAAGAACUCAACACGUCGCUAGUAGCAGAGACGCGCUGAUGCUGCCACCAGGAACAUAAGAGAUUUAAAUCACCAUUUUGAAAAACGGUUUUGGAUCAUUUGCGAUGUUGUUUAGUUACUCGAUAUUUAUUCCUGUUUUGAAAAGUAGAAGUUUUUGGUAAUGAAAUAAAACAAGAAUUGACGUAGCAUUGAGCUAUAGUUUUGAAAAUUUCAUGAUGUAAGAUUGAGCUAUAGUUUUGAAAAUUAAUUUCAUCAUGUAAGAUUGCGCUAUAGUAGUUUUGAAAGUUUUUACAUGUUUUUUUAUAAUUUUGGAUUUUUUUGGGCCAUUUACUGUUCAACUGGAAUUGGGGUCAGGGGGUUGCUACAACGAGUAUGCUCUUCAAGCACCACCAUAACAAGGGAGCCACUCCAAUCCAGAUCGCUCAUGAAGAAGAAUCAAACUAAAACAAAUAUGCAGAAAUGGCCCGAACAGUCGUGCCAUCAUCAUGCGGCCAAGUCAGUGGUAGAGGUAGAGCUAUAAAGCGCGACGCUAUUCGUAUUCUUAAAGGGGCAAUGCGAAUGCUGAGCGUUAUUAGCUGUCAGGCCUUGAAGAUGAGUACAACAACUCGGCACUUAAUACACUAAAAAGAGG